GUGUUCCCCACGCACGCAUUAUUAUCUCGUUAAUUAUCUACUAUACAACCUUGUUUGCAUUUGAUUUGUACACAGUUACAAUGGCUGCUUUUUCUUCUUCUUCUUUUUCUUCAUCUUGUUGGACAAGAAGAGCAAGAAUGAUGGUUGUUGUGAUUGUUGUUGUUAUUUCCAUCUUGUCGGGUAGCACUUCUGCGCAGCUCUCCACCAAUUUCUACUCCAAGAGUUGUCCCAACUUGCUUGCUACUGUAAAAUCAGUCGUAAAAUCUGCAGUCAACAAGGAAAAGCGUAUGGGUGCUUCGCUCCUCCGCCUCCACUUCCAUGAUUGCUUUGUCCAAGGAUGCGAUGGAUCCAUUCUCUUAGACGAUACAUCCUCCUUCACCGGGGAAAAAACUGCUGGCCCUAACAACAAUUCUGUUAGGGGGUACAAUGUCAUUGACAACAUCAAAUCCGCAGUUGAAAAAGUAUGUCCUGGUAUUGUGUCUUGUGCAGAUAUUGUCACUAUUGCUGCUCGUGACUCGGUUGUUUUGCUUGGAGGACCAAACUGGAAUGUGAAACUCGGAAGGAGAGACUCCAAAACAGCCAGCCUGUCUGCAGCCAACAGCGGUGUAAUCCCACCUCCAACAUCAACCCUAAACAAUCUCAUCACAAGGUUCCAAAACAAAGGUCUCUCUGCUAGGGAUAUGGUUGCUUUAUCAGGCGCACACACAAUUGGAAAAGCGAGGUGUACAGUUUUUAGGGGGCGCAUUUACAAUGAGACCAACAUUGACUCAUCCUUUGCUAAGACAAGACAACAGAUGUGUCCGAGCCAGACUGGGUCAGGGGACAACAAUUUAGCCCCUCUUGACUUCAAAACUCCUGCUUUCUUCGACAACAAUUACUACAAGAACCUGCUCGGCAAGAAGGGACUUCUCCACUCCGACCAAGUGCUCUUCAAUGGCGGAUCCACCGACUCCAUCGUUCAGAAAUACAGCCAAAACCAGGCAUCAUUCGAUUCCGAUUUCGUGAAGGCCAUGAUCAAGAUGGGUGAUAUUAGCCCUCUCACCGGAUCUAGUGGUGAGAUCAGGAAGAAUUGCAGAAGGGCUAACUGAUAUAUCGAAUAUAUAUAAUUCGGAAAAAAACGGUAUAUGUUUGGUGUUGUGAUUUGAGUUGUUCAAGUGUAAAAUAAAUUAUGUGCUGUUAGAUCAUAGGGUUUUAUGAUGCUGUAUCCUACUUUAAUUUCAGGAUUGAGUCAGUGACGUCGACCGGGUACUACAUUGUUGAAUUGUUUGCUUUGUUUGGUUGUUGAAAUGCCAUUUAUUUCAUUUGGUAGGAUGUCUAAGUGAAAAUGAAAGCGUGAUGAGUUAUUGAAGGAAACUAUUAGUUGUAUUUAAGCAA